UCAUCCAGGUGAGGAGCCAAGCCCGCAGAAGACAGCGGAAGGAGUUUCCCGGACUGCGCUGUCACUCACCCAUCCGAAGCAAUCAGCACGCAGCUUGCUCUCGGGCCCGCCUCUUUAGGGGCGUGUCCCUAGUGAGUGAUAGACGGAGCCGCCCGGCCCAGCGCAGCCCAGCCCACGUUGCUGCUUAGAUUGAAAUGCAGAACUCAAACCUCUUUCAUCGGGGCACAGACUUCCUUUUACUCCUUCCUUUUACGCUCUUGCCGCCUCCUCCUGGGGAGAAGCUGAGGCACCCGCCGCCCAGAGCCGCGACAGGCCGGGCCAGGGAGAUCGUGAGAAAACUUUCUUCCAGGGGGUGCGGCACUGGGGCCCGGUGGGUGACCGGCUCGGAGCAAUGGAGCCAGCCUUCGGGGAGGUGAACCAACUGGGAGGAGUGUUCGUGAACGGAAGGCCGCUGCCCAACGCCAUCCGGCUUCGCAUCGUGGAGCUAGCCCAGCUGGGCAUCCGACCGUGUGACAUCAGCCGCCAGCUCCGCGUCUCGCACGGCUGCGUCAGCAAGAUCCUGGCGCGCUACAACGAAACGGGUUCGAUCUUGCCCGGAGCCAUCGGGGGCAGUAAGCCCCGGGUCACCACCCCCACCGUGGUCAAACACAUCCGGACCUACAAGCAGAGGGACCCCGGCAUCUUCGCCUGGGAGAUCCGGGACCGCCUGCUGGCCGACGGCGUGUGCGACAAAUACAACGUGCCCUCGGUGAGCUCCAUUAGCCGCAUCCUGCGCAACAAGAUCGGCAACUUGGCCCAGCAGAGCCAUUACGACUCCUACAAGCAGCACCAGCCGGCGCCGCAGCCCGCGCUGCCCUACAACCACAUCUACUCGUACCCCAGCCCCAUCACCGCGGCGGCCGCCAAAGUGCCCACGCCGCCGGGGGUGCCCGCCAUCCCGGGCUCCGUGGCCAUGCCUCGCACCUGGCCCUCCUCGCACUCGGUCACCGACAUCCUGGGCAUCCGCUCCAUCACCGACCAAGUGAGCGACAGCUCCCCCUACCACAGUCCCAAGGUGGAGGAGUGGAGCACCCUGGGCCGCAACAACUUCCCCGCCAGCGCCCCGCACGCAGUGAACGGGCUGGAGAAGGGAGCCUUGGAGCAGGAAGCCAAGUACGGCCAGGCACCAAAUGGUCUCCCAGCUGUGAGCAGUUUUGUGUCAGCAUCCAGCAUGGCUCCUUACCCUACCCCAGCCCAAGUGUCACCUUACAUGACCUACAGUGCUGCUCCUUCCGGUUAUGUUGCUGGACAUGGGUGGCAACAUGCCAGCGGCACCCCUCUGUCCCCGCACAACUGUGACAUUCCCGCAUCGCUGGCUUUCAAGGGAAUGCAGGCAGGCAGAGAAGGUAGUCAUUCUGUCACUGCUUCUGCACUCUGAUGGGAACUUCGGCCUCCAACAGCUUCACUCCAGUCUCCCUCUCAGCACAUCCUCCCCCUUUCUACCCCCUUCCACCCUCCCACCCUCCUGCCUCCAGAGCUGGCUUUAUGGACUCACAUCCUUUGUGCUGAUGACACUUCUUGCCAUAACUUCUUUUCGUGUAGGAAACCAAACAUAACUUUAGGAUUUAAAAACAAAAUCAACAUUAAGGGUGGAAUGAGACAUUUCUGUUGCCCACACACCGUUGUAACGUAGUGAAGAAAUCUACACCCCUUAAAGGGCUUAUUAUGGAACUUAAAAAAAAAACAACUAGUAUUUGGUAAAACCACACGUGGAUAUUUAUUCUAAAUCACCCUGAACUUUUGAAAUGUGCAAUUGUUGAGAUUUUGCAAAAUUAAUAAAGAAAAACACAUAGAAAAAAAUGUUUCGCUAUUAUACCCUCUAAUCAAAUAAGGUAAGCAAGUAAGCCUUAAUUCAUCAUUAGGAAAACCAAUCAAUAAUUUACUUAUUUGAGUGAUCUUUUGUUUGUUUUUCAGAGAUGAGCUAUUAUAUGUAGACCCCAAGCAAUAUCUGAACUUAGCUGCUCCUGGUGUUUAAAGUUGGUUCCAAAAGCAAUGAUGUUUAUAUGUUCUGUUAGUUUGUAAAUAUGUUUUCUGGAAGGUGUAUUUGUGUCUUCAUUCUAUGGUACUGCACCCUCUUCCACCAUAGUCCUUCUCUAGCUUUUUCUUUUGCAAAAGUGGCUUUCCAGAAACAUUUUGGCUGUCGGUGGUAGGCUGCUUGGGCUCUUGGACCUAGACUUGCCCUUAAAUUUUAUAUGUGCAGUGAAAUCUUAUGAAGGACACUUUCUUGCUACAGCAGAGAAUUAAAAAAGAAACAAUACACACAUCAAAUAAAACAGAUAAAACAAGCCAGUUUCCCAUUUUGUAUCCUAAUCAGACAAUAUACAUGCCAAGCAUAUCAAGAUAAGAGGGUGAAAAAAUAUCUGAACAAAAGGCUCUAAAAGAAGUCACUUAGACACAAGUUUAAUGUGAAAUGUUUUUGCAAAGUCAUUUAAAAUGAACUUUAUGUUAAGAAAACCACUGUGAAACUAAAUUGUACUGUUACUGUUGGCUUACCUGUGUGUUCAUCAAUCUCAGCCCCAAAUUAUGUUGUAACUUAAAGAAAACAGAAAGUUCUGCUCUAAUGAAUGUAACAAUGGCUUGCUGUGAAGUUUACUAUGUUGUACGGGAACCUGUGUCACUUGUAGGUAAACUGGUAUUGGUAUUAGAAAUACAAAUGCUAUUUAAUUUUAACACAUUCCCUUUACUCAUUUCUGCAAUUACAGGUCACAGAUUAACUGAU